AUUUUGGGCGGCUUGCUUGGCAGUCGGAUGUUCCCACAGCAAAUGCCGCUGACUUGAUCUUUCUUUGGGUCGGCUUUGGCGAGGCGCCACCUUCUCCCAGGCCCGGAUCCCGUCUCAAGCGCCAUUGCCGCAAUUCUCGCGCAGCUUGGGGAGGAUCAAUCUCCCAUACACACGUGUCUGACCGUUCCAAAACCUGCGAGGUCACGGAGUCGAGUGGAAAGACGUUUAAUGUUCACGGUCUCAAGUCUUCUAUUCCGAUGCUGUUCGGCGGCCAGGCGUUCCCUG